CGGACUCAUUAACGGAAGCACACUCGGACUCGGAAGCUUUUCGGUGUGGGAAGCAGAAGGAUGUCGCCUCAGUCGGUGCUGGUGCCUCUCUUCAAACUGUACUUAUGCGGAAUUAAAGUUCUUCUCUACCAAAUUUUCAACCGCUCCUUUACGCUCCCAGUCUUACCCAAGCAAAAUGGAAGGGUUGCCAUUGUGACUGGGGGUACCAGAGGAAUUGGUUUUGAAACCGCAAGACACCUGGCAAGCCUUGGCAUGCAUGUUAUCAUAGCUGGGAAUGAGAGAGAAGAAGGUGCAGCAGCUGUUCGGAAGAUUCAUGAAGAAGGGACCGAAGGAACAGCUGAGUUUGUCUUCGUGGACAUGACGUCACUGAAAUCUGUGCGCCACUUUGUGCGGUUAUUCAGGGACAGAGGUCUACCCCUCCAUGUCCUGGUUAAUAACGCUGGGACCAUGAUGGUUCCUGAGAGACAGACAGAGGAUGGCUUUGAGUACCACUUGGGCCUCAAUUACUUGAGCCACUUCCUGCUGACAAACUUGUUGCUGGAUCUGCUGAAGAGGUCAGGAAAACCGGGCUGCUGCUCUAGAAUCAUCAACAUGUCCUCUGCUACACAUUACGCAGGAGUCGUAGACAUGGAGGACUUAAACAGGAGGAUCCAGUACAGUUCCCAUGGUGCUUACUCCCAAAGCAAACUGGCUCUGGUCCUGUUCACCUACUACCUGCAGGAGCAGCUGACUGCCAGCAGCUGCUCUGUGACUGUGAAUGCUGUGGACCCGGGAAUGGUGGACACGGCGCUGUACGAUAACCUGUGGACUCUGGUGCAGCUGCUCAAGAAGCCAGUAGCCAAGAUACUGUUCAGGACUCCAGCAGAGGGAGCAUCUACAGCCGUCUAUGCUGCAGCUGCUUCUGAGAUGGAGGGGGUGGGUGGCUGUUACCUGUACAAUGGCCAGAAGACGCAGUCUGCAGGUGUUUCCUAUGACUCUGAACUACAGGCCAAGCUGUGGAAAAAGAGCUGCCAGCUGGUGGGUCUGCAGGAGGCCUGACCCACCAGCUGACCUAAGGGUGGAUACGUCUGCAUCCUCAGUACUCACUGGGACAAUCUUAUCUAACAGUGUUUCAAAAGUCAAACAUUUCAAAGUUAUGCAACAAUACUCUUGAUUUCAUAUAUAACUUUUACUCAUAUAGAAGUGUUCAUUCUGUUAUGAUUUUAAUCACCUCUGUUUGAACUUUACCUGACAAAAAAGAUAACUAUACCAAAGGAGCAAUUACAUCCAUGGCCUCUGGUAGACCUGAGCUCAUGGCCCAUCAUAUGUACCAGACAUCGGCAUGACUCCACACAUGUGCCUGUUUUUAAACCACACCGUAAUAUGAUUAAUAUUCCAAACAAAGACAGACGUAGAAAGGUCUGAGCUCACAUGAAGCCUUCGUGCCUUAGCUUUAUCGUUCAUGCCUGUAAAUGACUGUGGACUGAUUUAUCUUAAUGUUCACUUUAUAUUUCACUGUGUGCUAUGAUGUUGCUUCUAAAGGAGCAAAUCGUGCCUCAAGAGUGAUGUAUGCUUUAGAAAUUCAGUUUUAUUUAUAUAGUACCAAAUCACAACAACAGUCGCUUCAUAGCGCUGAAAUGACUGGAGCCGGAGGUGGAGCUGGCAGAGUUCAGUAUGCUGUGAUUUUCAUUGGCAGUGAGCAGGAUGGAUGGCAGUAUAAAUGAGUAUUGUAUGAUCAGGCUGGGUGAGACAUGUGCGUAUACUGGACAAACACAGCUGCCAGGGUCAAAGAGGAAGACCACAGAGGAAGUUCAUGGAUGUAGUGAAGGAGGGGUGGUACACAGGUGAUAGUGACAGGUUAGGGUGGAUGAUCUGCUGUGGUGACCGCUAAAUAGAGAAGCUAGAAGAAGAUGAUUAAAAUGUCAGAAUGUAUAUGUACAUAAUAAAGUACUGCA